AUGACUCCACAGUGUGGGAUCAGGAAAUCACCCCGACCUUUAUAUUUCCAUAAUUCGCCUAAACGUGUGUUUCUCGUGCAGGGUGCCCUGGGCCUGGGGCUGCUGCUGGCAAUACUGGUGGCCUCCGUCAGCGCUGAGCCUCGUUACGCCAGACCAGGAGAUCACGAGCCUGUGGAGCACGUGCGGGCUUUGCCUGAGCGUCAGGGGCGCCGCGUCUGCUACUAUGAGACAUGGGCGUUGUACAGGCCAGACGAGGUGCAUUACGACAUCGAAAGCAUCCCCGGAAAUCUGUGCACGCAUCUCAUCUACACCUUCUGCGGUGUGUCCAACGUCACCUGGGAAGUCCUCAUGCUGGAUCCUGAGCUGGACAUCAACGCUAACGGUUAUCGCCGGUUUGUGGCCCUGAAGGAGAAGUUCCCUGACGUGAAGACCACAAUUGCCGUGGGUGGGUGGGCCGAGGGAGGCAAGAAGUACUCCCAGAUGGUGAGCGUCAAGGAGCGCCGAGACACCUUCAUCAGGAGCGUUGUCCAGCUGCUCACGGAGUACGGCUUCGACGGCUUCGAUCUGGAUUGGGAGUAUCCCGGAGCGACUGACCGCGGUGGUGCUUUUGCUGACAAAGACAACUUCCUGAAGCUUGUGACAGAACUGCGCGAAGCCUUUGAUUCCGUGGGUCUUGGCUGGGAGCUGACCGCUGCUGUGCCCGUCGCUAAAUUCAGACUUCAGGAGGGUUACCACGUGCCCCAGCUUUGCAGUCUACUGGAUGCCAUUCACCUCAUGACCUACGAUCUGCGAGGGAACUGGUGUGGCUUCGCUGAUGUGCACUCCAUGCUGUACAAGCGUCCUGGCCUUGACGAGUGGGCUUACGAGAAGCUGAAUGAUAAUGACGGUGUGCUGCUGUGGGAAGAGUUCGGAUGCCCUCGCGACAAGCUGGUUCUGGGGACACCUUUCUACGGCCGCACCUACACACUGGGUAGCCCUGAUAACACCGAUCUACACGCUCCCAUCAAGAAGUGGGAGGGCGGUGGAAAGCCAGGCCCCUACACCAACGCCACCGGCACCAUGGCUUAUUUCGAGAUCUGCAAGAUGAUGCUGGAUGACAAUGGCUGGGUUGACCGCUACGACGACGUGGGCCUUGUUCCCUUCACACACAAGGAGGACCAGUGGGUUGGCUACGAGGACCCCGACAGCCUCAAGAUCAAGAUGGACUACGUGAAGGACAUGAAGCUGCUGGGCGCCAUGACCUGGGCCAUUGACCAGGAUGACUACCUUGGCUGGUGCAACAGAGGCAAGAACCCCAUGAUGACUACCAUGUACGAGGGACUGAAGGACUACAUUGUGCCCCCAGCCCCCACCACCACCAGCACUACCAUGAAAACGUGGUGGACGACGCCAACCACCAAGUCCACCACCACCACCACGCGGGAUCCCAAUCUUCCGACCACCACUCUGGGACCCAUUGACUGUAAUGUCGCCUCCUACUGGCCCCAUGAGGACUGUGACAAGUACUACUGGUGCUAUGAUGGCGUUCCACACCUUGAGCACUGCCCAGCAGGCACCUACUGGAGCCAGAGUGCCCAAAUGUGUGACUGGGCCGCAAAUGUUGACACUUCCAACUGCAACGUGCCUGCCAACGCUCCCAAACCCAAACACCACAGCGGCCCUCCUCCCCAGACCAAGCACAUUCCUCCUAAGAAAGCCGCCGCUAAGCAAGUCCACCAACAGGCUAAUGAGAUCCCUCUUCCAAAACCCAAGAAAGAAGUCCCUACAGCAAAGGGAGCCAAAAUCCCUCCUCUGAUGAAGGCACUGCACAACAUCCCCUAGAUGCCGCGGCCGCCACAUGCUUCCUCGCCGUCAGAGCUGGCAUGUGGCCACCAGGACCGAAUCUAAUAACUCAUUUCUGAAUUAGUCAUUUCGAUUAUACGCACUCAUUAUGUCUAAUAUGUAGCUAUAGUUGUAUACAAAUAUUUGGAAUCAGUGAAGUGGAACCCGGUUGAUGUAUGUACAAGUUUAUUAUUUUUUUUCAAUAAUCAUGUAUUUUGAGAAGUCCUAUUAUUAUCUAUAGUAGCUAUAAAUUCAGCCUUUCAGUGUACGUGCUCAGUACCCCAUACUCUUACUGAAUCAAAAUUAUUAAUUUCA